AAGAGGAGAAAGCUCCGCAGUAAAUAAGUCAGCAGGGAAAGAAUCUUCCUCCAUCAACUGCAGUCAAACAAUUUUCUUUUUUCUUCAAGCUCCCGGCGUGUCUUUUGAUUCUCGGCAAGCAGCAGCAGCCACAAAGGACACUUAAAAAGCGGCAGCAUGAGCGGGUCAAUACGCCGACACAGUCCCGCUGUGUCCCCCGGCAGGAGGCGGCAGCAGCCCGGGCACAGCGCGGACUCCUCGCCGCAUAGGAAGGUCCGGAACACGCAAGCUCUGGAGGGUCUGCUGAAGAAAUACACCAACCUGUUCCAUGGCUGGCAGGACAGAUAUUUUGUCCUCGACCCUGUGGCUGGCCAGCUUCACUAUUAUCGAGACGAACACAGCAGAAGCCAGCGACGUCCCAGAGGGUCCAUGUCUCUCCUUGGGGUGAUGGUCGUCUCCUGCAAACACUUUCCCUUCAUGUUUGCUCUUCACUCCUCAUCUGGACAGUCCUUCAAACUCCGAGCAUCCAGUGCAGAGGAGCAGGAACUAUGGAUGAGUCGGCUCCAGCUGGGUUCUCCAUACCUCUCCGACGAUGAUGCGAAGGUGAUGAGCGAGGCGCAAGAAGCACAGAAAAACCUUGUCCACUCAAACGAAUCUGUGGGCCUAGGAGGUGGACCCCUCUGCUCCCUGAAUGAGGAGAUUCUCCUUUUUAAAGCCACUACUGCAGCCACUUUGAGCUGCUUGGGGGAAUGCUUCACUUCGCUACACCACAAUGUUGUUCGCUCCCACAAUCAGAACCAGAACCAGAACCACCGUUCAGACAGUUUGACUCGAACGGCCUCAGUAGAGAAGCCCAAGCCCUGGAGUCAGCGCUGCAGCUUCAGUGUGAAUGAGGUGCAGCCUGGUAACCUCAAUUCGAGCUGUCAAAGCCCGACUCACUCCGCUAGUGACAACCAAAGUCCCAAACACGGCAGCAAUGCUAGAAAAGAAGUUAAAGACCAGAACUACAUCCAGAGUCAUCCAGACGGUUCAUUUGGAAGGUUCCUAUCUCCAAAGAAGCAGACGACCAGUGAUGCAUCCCAACCUUUUCUGUAUAACAACCAGUCCCACAAAGAUGAGCUGACCAACAGACCUUACCAGCGAGAUCCCAGCGACGAGACCACAGACACCGAGGUGAACGAAGAGGAGGACCUCGGGGUUCUUGAUGAACAACGAAGCAUCAUUCGCCAUCUAUUGUCCCAACUCAAACUCGGCAUGGACCUCACCAAGGUUGUGCUUCCAACGUUCAUACUGGAGAAGCGCUCCCUACUCGAGAUGUACGCCAACUUCAUGGCUCACCCCGACUUGUUCCUCUCCAUCACGGCUGGCUCAACGCCGGAGGAGCGCAUGGUCCGCUUUGUCGAGUACUACCUCACCGCCUUCCACGAGGGCCGCAAAGGGGCGGUGGCCAAGAAGCCCUACAACCCCAUCUUGGGGGAGACAUUCCAUUGCGCUUGGCAUGUGCCCCCGGACCACGUUCGAUCUCUCAGAGAAAGCGGCUGCUUCACGUCGACCGCUCCAAACUCCUCGCAGAGGCUCCCAGAAGGCGACGGAAGAACCCCGCCCGAGUUUUACCAGGUUCGGUUUGUGGCUGAACAGGUGUCCCACCACCCGCCUGUGUCAGGCUUUUACUGCGAGUGCAAGGAGAAGAGGAUGUGUGUCAAUACUUACGUCUGGACCAGGAGCAAGUUCAUGGGCAUGUCUGUUGGAGUUUCCAUGGUUGGAGAAGGUGUGCUGCAUCUGUCGGAGCACAAUGAAGACUACGUGUUCACACUGCCUUGCGCCUACGCCCGCUCUAUUCUGGCUGUGCCCUGGGUGGAGCUGGGGGGGAAGGUCACAGUCAGCUGUGCCAAAUCGGGGUACUCAGCCACAGUCACGUUUCACACCAAACCUUUCUAUGGAGGGAAAGUCCACAGAGUAACAGCUGAAGUCAAGCACAAUCGGACGGGAAACAUUGUGUGCAAAGCGCAGGGCGAGUGGAAUGGGGUCCUUGAGUUUACCUACAGUAACGGAGAAAGCAAGAUCAUCGAUACCUCCAAGCUGCCGGUCGUCAAAAAGAAGAUCAGGCCAGUAGAGAAGCAAGAACCAAAUGAGUCACGGCGUGUUUGGCAGCAGGUGACAGCAUCUCUGCGGGCGGGGAAUAUGGAUGAAGCCACGGAACACAAACACCGCCUGGAGGAGAGGCAGCGAAGCGAAGGCAAACAGAGAUCUGCUAACAAAACUCCUUGGAACCCCCAAUAUUUCAUCCAAGAGGGUGAAGCGUGGGUGUACCACAACCCGCUGUGGAAAGUUCUGGACCAGAAGCCUUGAAAGAAGAUCAAAGAGGAAUCAUCAACAUAAGUGAAUUCAAAUCCCAAAAAGACAAUCAAACUUUCAAACAGGAUACAUCUCAGCUCGAACUGAACUAAUCUCAACAUUUUACCUUUGUGCUCGUAGACGCUUCUAAGGCCUUUCACCGUGUACAGCAGGGGUGUCCAAACUUUUUGCACUGAAGGCCGCACAAUGAAAAAUCAAAGCAUUCGGGGGCCAUUUUGAUAUUUUUCAUUUUCAAAACCAAUACAGUAUAGACAUUUUUUUUUUUUUUACCUUUAGUGUUCCCCUCCUGUUCUCAGUCAUA